CUGGAGCCUUCGCUCUGCUACUGGGCGGGGCGGGCGGACCAGCAUCCCUUAGCGCUGGGUUGUGGUGAAGGCACCUCGCCUGGUGUUUUGGAGAGGUCUGGAUAGGGACGGUCCGAGUGGCGCCCACAGUCAUGGUGGUGUUCCUGGGCCGCCACCUCCCGGCGCUCCUCGGGCUCUUUAAGAAAAAGGGCUCUGCCAAGGCUGAGAGUGACAAACGUCUGAGUGUUGGUUCUGGCCAGGGACCAGGGUCUGUAGUGGAUGAGCACCAGGACAAUGUCUUCUUCCCCAGUGGGCGACCGCCUCACCUGGAAGAGCUGCACACGCAGGCCCAGGAGGGGCUGCGUUCCCUACAGCACCAAGAAAAACAGAAACUGAACAAGGGUGGCUGGGACCAUGGAGACACCCAGAGCCUCCAGUCCUCCCGGACGGGGCCGGAUGAAGAUAGCAUCUCCUUCUGCAGCCAGACCACAUCCUACACGGCUGAGAGCUCCACGGCAGAGGACGCUCUCUCCAUCCGCUCGGAGAUGAUCCAGCGCAAAGGUUCCACCUUCCGACCCCAUGACUCAUUUCCUAAAUCAUCUGGAAAGUCAGGGCGGCGUCGGCGGGAACGGCGAAGCACGGUGCUGGGACUGCCGCAGCAUGUGCAGAAGGAACUCGGCUUGCGGAAUGAGCGGGAGGCACCCGGUACUCCUCGGCCUCCUGGUCCACGGGAUGCUGUACGAAUCCCCACGGUGGAUGGCCACCCGGCGGGCCUGGCCUCAGGAACAGGAGUCCGGGUGUCCCUGCAGGCGCUGGAGGCAGAGGCGGAGGCUGGGGCCAAGGCAGAGGCCAUGCUGCAGCGCCAUAUCGACCGGGUCUACAGGGAUGACACCCUCAUUGGCCGGUCCACAGGAGCCCAGCCCCCAGUAAUGACCCGGCCCAUGUCCCUAGCAGUGCCCGGACUGACAGGAGGGGCAGGGCCUCCAGAGCCCUUGAGCCCAGCCAUGUCCAUCUCGCCCCAGGCCACCUACUUGUCGAAACUGAUCCCACAUGCUGUGCUGCCACCCACAGUGGACGUGGUGGCCCUGGGCCGCUGUAGCCUGCGCACACUGAGCCGCUGCAGCCUGCUCUCGGCCAGUCCGGCCUCUGUCCGCUCACUGGGCCGCUUCUCCUUGGCCUCCAGCCCGCAGCCCCGCAGCCGCCACCCUUCCUCUUCCAGUGACACCUGGAGCCACUCUCAGUCCUCGGAGACCAUCGUGUCUGACGGCUCCACCCUCUCCUCUAAGGGUGGCUCUGAGGGCAAGCCAGAGGGCUCUGUGGCCAGCAAUAGUGUGGCGCCCCCUCCACAGGGGGGCAGUGGGAGGGGCUCGCCCAGUGGGGGCAGCACUGCUGAGGCCUCGGACACUGUCAGUAUUCGGAGCAGUGGGCAGUUGUCCGCUCGGAGUGUGUCCCUACGUAAGAUGAAGCGGCCCCCACCACCUCCCCGCCGGACCUACUCGCUCCGUCAGCGGGGCUCAGCAGCCCCUGAUGGGUCCUUGGGGUUGCCUCCCAAGCCAGAGCGGAAGCAGCAGCCACAGCUGCCUCGGCCACCCACCACUGGUGGGUCAGAAGGGACAGGGGCAGCACCCUGUCCAUCCAACUCAGCAGGCAGCUGGGUGCCUGGCUUGUCUCCAGGUGGUUCCCGGCGCCCCCCACGCUCCCCAGAACGGACUCUCUCACCCUCCAGUGGGUAUUCAAGCCAAAGUGGUACCCCUACCCUCCCUCCCAAGGGUCUAGCAGGGGCCCCUGCUUCCCCAGGCAAGGUCCAACCCCCUAAACCAGAGCGGGUCACUUCCCUCCGGUCUCCUGGGGCCUCUGUCUCCUCCUCCCUCACAUCUUUAUGUUCCUCCUCCUCCUCUGACCCAGCCCCCUCAGACCGUUCUGGUUCACAGAUGUCGACUACCCUGAGUGACAGGUUUGCCAUACCUCCUCACCCCAAGGUGCUCGCCCCCUUCUCCCCACCUCCCUCCAAGUCCAAGAGUCCUAAGCAAGCUGCCCGUGCUCUGGCUACCCCUGCUGUGGUCCCUGGGCCCAUCUCUACCACUGAUGCCAGUCCUGAGCCCCCUCCAACCCCCCAGACAUACCUGACCCCACCACAGGAGUCUCCCAUUGUCUCCAAAGACCAGUCACCUCCACCAUCCCCACCCCCGUCUUAUCAUCCACCCCCACCACCCACUAAGAAGCCAGAGGUGGUUGAAGAGGCCCCAUCUGCCCCAGAGACUGCUGAGGAGCCCCUCCAAGAUCCUAGCUGGCCCCCACCCCCACCUCCUGCACCUGAGGAGCACGACCUGUCCAUGGCUGACUUCCCCCCACCAGAGGAAGCCUUUUUCUCUCUGGCUGGCUCUGAACCUGUAGGCCCUUCAGAUCUCCCGGCCCCCGUUAGACCCCUGGCUGCUUCGCCCUCCUCAGCUCCUGUCUCCUCCCAGAGCCAGCUCCAUGGUACCGCAGACCCUCCAACUCCGCCAGCCCUACCUUCUGGCUCUGUCACAGGGCUUCUGGCCAAGCUCCCUCAGAAGGAACCAGUGGGCUGCAGCAAGGGUAAUGGGGUUCCCAGGGAGGAUGCCAGUGCACCCCUGGUCACACCCUCACUCCUGCAGAUGGUUCGGCUGCGCUCUGUGGGUGCUCCCACAGUGGCUCCAACCCCAGCGGCGGGGCCAUCGGCUCCUCAGAAGCCACUACGAAGGGCCCUGUCAGGGCGGGCCAGCCCAGCACCUGCCCCUUCCUCUGGUCUUCAUGCUGCCGUCCGACUCAAGGCCUCCAGUCUGGCUGCCAGCAAGGGCCCUGUGGGUGCCCAGCCCAAUGGGCCGCCUGAGGCAGAGCCACGGUCUCCCCAGUCCCCUGCCUCUACGGCCAGCUUCAUCUUCUCCAAGGGCACGAAGAAGCUGCAGCUGGAGCGGCCCGUGUCCCCUGAGAACCAGGCUGACCUCCAGCGAAAUCUGGUGGCUGAACUUCGGAGCAUCUCAGAGCAGAGGCCACCCCAGGCUCCAAAGAAGCCACCUAAAGCUCCCCCACCUGUGGCUCGCAAGCCCUCUGUGGGUGCCCCCUCACCCACCUCCCCCAGCUUUUCUCGGGCUGAGCCCGUUACUACUGCUCCUCCCACCAACGGGCUCCCUUAUGCAGAGGACAGGACUAAGGGGGAGCCAGCGGAGAAUGGAGGUGUCAUGCAGCUCGUGGGCCCAGAGGAGCAAAAGCUGGGUCUACCUGGUUCAGACCCACAGAAAGAGCUGGUCUGACCACUGGGCCCCUCACUGGCACUGCUGACCCAUCCCAGGAAUACAAUCUCAGGGACCUGAGCAGCUCCAAGGAUGAGAGGAUAUGGCAGACACUUAAUAGAGAGGAUGCCUGCAGCCUUAACCUCCACAGCCUUUGAUAUUUAUGCAAGCCUGGUGUUGAUCCUGUCCUCCAAGUCAUCCAGCUCAUGCCUUUUCCUGAAGAGUCACCUCGGGUGGCUGCCGCUUCAGUUUUGGCCUUAGGAGGUAGCUAGUGGGAGUGGGUGGUUGCGCCCCCUGCUGGCCCCGAGGCCAGAGUUAUGAGUGGAACAUCUCACUUGAAUUUGUUUCCUUCAUGUCCAAAUCAUGUAAAUACUGUAGUCCAGAAUCAAAGCACUUUUGAAAAGGGGCUGCAUGUCCAUCCUCCGGGGCCCAUGAAGCCACAUUCCAGGGGCCUGUUUACAUGGCAGCAGCAUUAAUCCCCAGUGGCCAGCCCAUUGCUGGGACCAUCCCUUCCCUCCCAUCCAAUCUGCUCUUCGUUCUUGGAGGUGUGCAAGUCAUUGCAUUCCCACUGGCUUCUCCAGGCUGGAGGUAGGAGUGAGGCUGUGGAAUUCCAAAGCACAAAAGGUGCAGUAGGCGUUAACCUUCCUGUACCUCAACUUAACCACCAACCACCCUCCUGCCUUCCAGUUCUGCCAGGUGCUCCAUGCAGGGGAGAAAUAGGAGACUGCCAGGGCCCAAAUGGGAGGAGGGAGAAAGAACCAGAGAGGAGGAGGUCAUAGGCUCUCUGUCCUCAGAAAGCAGAACAAUGUAGGGAGUCAUCUGGGGGGAGGGGGGGCACUUGGCAAUGCCAAGCAGCUCACCUGAUCAGCGUCAGGUGGGUAGGCAUAGCACUUAAGAGGCAGCACGGGCUGUGGCAAAGCUGUGUCCCUUUCAGCUGAGCAGGAAGUACUGAGGAGGUGGGUAGAGGGGAGGGUCUGGCAGGGGGAGAGCUUACUUGGGCAGUGGGCCCAGAUCCGGCCCUACAGAUUCCAUUCUCUGACCUUUCUCUUUCCUCGUCUCCAUGCAUGUCCUUUCUGCAGCUACCCUUCAGCCCAGGUGGUUGCACUGGGGGGAGCUGAUGCUGAGUUGACAAGGAUGUGGAAGCCAAAGGUUCAUUCUAUUCCAAACUUCCUAGUCAAUGGGGGGGGUGUCACUCAGUGCUCCUAGGGAGCAGGCUGGGUGGUUGCCUCAUAAACAUCAGCCUCUGCUACUGAUCUCCAGGAAUUUUAACGACCUUUCUGUUUUCAAGCUGUGCCACCUAUCUAGGUAAGCUGGCUUCCCUUCCCCAUUGGCCUCUGUGGCUCCACAGUGACUCAGGUGUGAGUCUGGCAAGGAACCUUGCAUUUAGCUGUUUUCCUUCCACCAAGGAGAUUGACCCCCUCCCAGACAGAGAGCUGGGAACACGGGAUGUGGUACGAGAAGUCCAGGUUCCUCAGGUCCUCGCUCGCUACUGUCUUCUCCCUAUAGCUGUAAACAUUCUCUUGCCCUUUGGGUAAUGGAGAGCUGCUGCUGGGUACAUGUUGCAUCUGCCCAGUGAGUUGGGGAAAGAUGAUGGUCAGUAAGCACUGCUCUGCUCAGAGUUGCUGGUCCAAACCCCUGGGAACCAGGACGGGGCCAAAGCCUCCACGGAACCAGAUCCUGGCAGCAGCCUUGGAGUUGCUGGAGGUGGGAGGGAGCCCAAAUUCUGUGUCUCUUACCCUCCUUUUCCCUCAGAAUCUUCUGAGCUUAUUUCCCCACUGGGUGGGACAGUACGAAGGAGAAUGGAGGAUCUACAUGAGGAAACUCUUUGUCCUCUGGGGUAAAUGAGCUUGAUAGUGCAAAUGGAGAGACCAAAAGCCUCUGAUUUUUAAUUUCCAUAAAAAUGUUAGAGAGACGUAUAUAUAUUUCUUUAAAUUUUUGAGUCUUUGAUAUAUUACUGUACAAAAAAAUCCAUUCCCUCUGCCCUGAAGCCUGAGUGAGACAUGACAAAGCUCUGUAUGUUUCAUUCAAAGGUGUUAAUUAAAUGAUUAAAACUUG